CCCUUUUCCCUUCCACCGUAUACCUGAAACCCCAUCAGCAGCAACUUUCGUUACCACAGCAAUCGAAGAGCGUAUAAACAACCAAGCAACCAAACAGCAACAAAAAGGAUACCCCCAGCAACACCCUUUUUUCUUUUCAGCAACAACAACAAAACACGCUCAACAAAUAGUGUAGAUACGAAAAACAACAACACAACAACAACAACAAUACAAAAAAGACGAUCCAUCAUGGGCUGCUGUCAAUCUGCUGAGCGUGUAGAGGAAAAGCAACGCAACCAGGAGAUCGAAGCGCAAAUUAGGCGCGAUCGUGCCAAUAUGAAGAUGGAAAUAAAAAUGCUACUGCUAGGCGCCGGUGAAUCGGGUAAAUCGACGAUUCUCAAACAGAUGAAGCUUAUCCAUGACGGUGGAUACACACCCGAGGAGCGAGAGAGCUUCAAAGAAGUGAUUUUCAGCAACACCAUCCAGUCGAUGCGGGUCACGGUGGAGGCAAUGCACGAACUGGGCAUUGCGUUUCGCAACCCAGAAAACGAAAUCCAUCGACGACUUGUCCUGGAAGCGCCACCUCAGGUGGACUAUUUGGGACACGAGCUCGUGGAGGCGAUUGCAACCUUGUGGGACGACCCCGCCGUACGCGAAUGUGUAGACCGAGCCAAUGAAUUUCAGUUGAACGACUCGGCACGGUACUACUUUGAUUCAAUCUUGCGUAUCGGCCAGCCACACUACAUCCCGAGCGAUCAGGACGUUUUACGAAGCCGCGUAAAGUCAACAGGUAUCACAGAAACGACGUUCGUCAUAGGCGAUCUCACAUACCGCAUGGUCGAUGUGGGCGGCCAACGAUCGGAGCGCAAGAAGUGGAUUCAUUGUUUCGAAAAUGUUACGACCUUACUCUUCCUCGUCGCCAUUUCCGAAUACGACCAGGUCCUGUUUGAAGACGCAUCCGUCAACCGACUGCAGGAAUCACUAACGCUCUUUGACUCGAUCUGCAACUCACGGUGGUUUAUCAAAACGUCAAUUAUCCUCUUUCUCAACAAGAUUGAUUUGUUUGCCGAAAAACUGCCACGCUCGCCGCUGUCCAACUUCUUUGACGACUACAAAGGCGGCGACCGAUACGACGCCGCAUGUCAGUACCUCCUCCACAAAUUCGUGGCGCUGAAUACGCGGGCAGAUACCAAACAGAUCUACACCCACUUCACCUGCGCUACCGAAACCAAACAGAUCAAGUUCGUCAUGAAUGCGGUCAACAACAUCAUCAUGCAUGAAAAUCUGGCCAAGGAAGGCUUACUGUAAAAACAAAAAAGCAACACCAUAUCGAGAGGAGGAGCAAAAGUGA